AUUGGCUGUGGCGUCCCUUAAAGCGCGGAGCGGGGCGGGGCGUGGGGGGGGUCAGUGCGGGACGUGGCGGUGGAGUGGCGGUGGGAGGGAGCGGCGCCAUGACCCGCGGCAACCAGCGCGAACUGGCGCGGCAGAAGAACCUGAAGAAGCAGAGCGACUCGGGCAAGGGCAAGCGGCGGGACGACGGGCUCUCGGCUGCCGCCCGCAAGCAGAGGGACUCGGAGAUCAUGCAGCAGAAGCAGAAGAAGGCCGACGAGAAGAAGGAAGGCAACAAGUAGCGGGCGGAGGCGCCGGGCUGCCGCCCCAGGGCCGGUCCCGCCGGCAGGAUGCCCCGCGCCGCCCCGGGCCGGGUCCCGCCGGGACCCCCGGCAUCGCCCCGCGCCCUGCGGUGCCGUCCCCUAUUAAAGUAGCUGUGGAGCCCUGCA